CAGACAUUCCUCUGCUCUUCAAUUAUUGGUCCUUCGGAGCAUAAACUAGUAUAAACUCUAUAGUAUCUCUUUUAUGUCAACAUUUCAUUCCUACUUAAAUCUAGUUUUGGGUUGCUUAGCCUUUUCUGGUCUGAGAAAAAAAAAAGAAAAAAAGAGAGAAAGACAAUGGCCAACGAAGACGAAAUCCCAUUUCUGAACGACACCGUCGACGGUGUCGUUGACCACGAAGGCCACCCUGCUCCACGAUCCAAAUCUGGCGGUUGGACAUCCGCCGGUUUCAUCAUCGGUGUGGAGGUUGCGGAGAGAUUCGCGUAUUAUGGGAUCGAAGCGAACCUGAUAAGCUAUUUGACCGGGUCGCUCGGGCAGUCCACGGCGGCGGCGGCGGCCAACGUCAAUGCAUGGGGCGGAGCGGCGUCGUUGCUGCCACUAUUGGGGGCCUUCGUCGCCGAUUCUUUUCUCGGCCGAUACCGCACUAUCAUUCUCGCUAACCUCCUCUACAUUCUGGGAUUGGCUUUGUUGACUCUGUCUGCGAUGCUGCCUUCUAUUUCUGAAUGCCAAAUCAACCAAGACGUGCCGUGUUCUUCUCAAAUCCAAGUUAUACUAUUCUUUGUCUCUCUAUAUAUAGUAGCGGUUGCACAGGGCGGACACAAGCCUUGUGUUCAGGCUUUCGGGGCCGAUCAGUUUGAUGGGCAAGAUUCAGAGGAGUGCAAAGCCAGAAGCUCAUUCUUUAAUUGGUGGUAUUUCGGUAUAUGCUUAGGUUCCUCGGUGACUGUCUCAAUUUUAAGCUAUGUACAGGACAACAUUAGUUGGGCUCUGGGGUUUGGAAUCCCUUGCAUUGCAAUGUUUCUUGGUCUGGUUGUUUUCUUGCUUGGAACUAGAACUUACAGGUAUAGUGUUAUGUGGGAUGAGAAAAACGCAUUUGUACGUAUUGGUAGGGUGUUUAUCGCAGCAUUUAGGAACCGACAAACAAGCUCAUCCACAAUAGCCACUAAAGAGGAAUCUCGUGGAAUCCUGCCUCACGAAAGCUAUGAACAAUUCAAGUUCCUCAACAAAGCCUUGCUUGCAUCAGAUGGCUUGAAUGAAGAUGGGAUAGUUUGCAGCAUGGACGAAGUUGAAGAAGCCAAGGCUGUACUUCGACUUGUUCCGAUUUGGGUAACAUGCUUGGUAUAUGGUAUUGUGUUUGCACAGUGCCCAACCUUCUUUACGAAGCAAGGAGCUACUAUGGAGCGAACAAUUGUGCCAGGCUUUGACAUACCACCAGCUUCACUCCAAUCCACCGUUUCACUUGCCGUUCUUGUUUUCAUUCCAAUUUAUGAUCGUGUUGUUGUUCCCGUUGCGAGAGCUUUUACUGGCAAACCAUCUGGCAUAACAAUGCUACAGAGAAUAGGAACUGGGAUGUUUUUAUCUGUUCUCUCCAUGAUAAUUGCAGCUCUAGUUGAGAUUAAGAGACUCCAAACCGCUCGAGAAUAUGACCUUGUUGAUACACCGGGCAUGACUGUCCCAAUGAGCGUGUGGUGGUUGCUACCUCAGUAUAUCUUGUCUGGAAUAUCCGAUGUUUUCACCAUGGUUGGUCUGCAAGAGUUCUUCUAUGAUCAGGUCCCAACUGAACUAAGGAGUAUAGGACUCUCCCUCUAUCUCAGUAUUUUUGGCGUGGGAAGUUUUCUAAGCAGUUUUUUGAUCUCCAUCAUCGAGGAAGCAACUGGUGGCGAUGGACGACAUAGCUGGUUUUCCAAUAAUCUAAACAAGGCUCAUCUUGACUACUAUUAUUGGUUGCUCACUGGACUCAGUUCAGUAGCAUUGUUCCUCUAUUGGUAUUUUGCAAGAUCUUACAUUUAUAGGAAAAAGGGGUAGAAUAAAAAGGGGAAAGAGGACAAGGAAUUGCUCUGUUGUGUAACUGCAGUCUCUAAUUCAUGAAGCAAAUGUUCAAGGAGGGGAUUUUAAAAAAUUGGCAGGCGACCAUUUUUAAUGUAUAAUAUGCAAUUUAUAGGUAUUAGGACUUAAAAAAUGUUAGUUCAAAUUGUUGUUAAAUUAUUUCGCCAAUGUUCACGGUUCAAGAAUACCAUUAAAAUGACUCAAGUAACGAAUUC